AUGCAUGAUGCAGUCCCGGCAAUUGCUGCUUGUGGAGUGAGCCCAAUAGUCAGGAUUCCUGAUAAUCAAGGAUGGAUGGUUAAAAGAGCUUUGGAUUGUGGAGCUCAUGGUGUACUUGUACCUCUCCUAUACACAGCCGAGGGAGCCGAACAGCUCGUGAAAAGUGCCAAGUUUCCGCCUCAAGGCCAGAGAGGUUUCGGAUCACCAUUCCCUCAUGAACGUUUCGACCCCGAAUUGAACUCUGAUGCAUACUUGAAGCAAGCCAAUGAUAGCAUCUUAACCAUGGUACAAAUCGAAACCAAGGAAGCACUGGAGAAUAUCGAUGCCAUUGCUUCUGUCCCUGGUAUUGAUGUUCUUUUCAUCGGACCUUUCGAUCUUGGAAAUAACAUCGGCCACCCUGUUGUUGCAGGGCAAAUGCAUGAAAAUCUCCAUUCAGCAAUCGCAAAGAUCCUGAGAGCAGCAAACGUAGCUGGGAAGAAAGCUGGAAUCUUUUGUACUAGUGGAGAGCAAGCGAAAGGAUACGCCGAUCAAGGGUUUCACAUGAUGAGUGUUGCAACAGAUAUGCAUAUCUUACCACAAGGGGUAAUUGCUGCUGUCAAUAAGGCGAAAGGUCAAGAAGACGGACCUAAGUUGACGGGUCCUUAUGGUAGAUAA